AUGUCUUCCACAGAGAACGCCGAUGGAGAUCAUCCACACAUCCAAGCCAAUCUCUACAGUAAUCCCAACUGCAAUGAUGGCACGAAUGAGGAAGUCCAUCAAGAGAAGUUGAUCAAUACUGUUCAAAGUCGACGUGGUCGGUGGGUGAUUAAACUCGCAGUGGCACUUUUUCUCAUGCGGCGGGGAAUUACAAAUGUGUCGGAGUUGGGACUUCUCCACAGUGAGUUGUGGCGGCAUGAGUCUCUCGGCAGAGAGUCCUGCGCACGCGGUUAUGUUGAGGAAGACACCAAUCUAUUCACUGCAGAGAGUGUCUGGAAGCGAAAACUCGGGCGUAUGUGGAUGGAAAAGGGGUUUGAGGCGUGUGAAAAGGAAUUGGAACCAUACCUCAUUAAAGAGUUUGCAAAACAUCGUCCAUGUACGAAAACAGAGAAUAAUAACGAGAAAAAAGAUGAGGAAGAGAAGAAGGAACAAUCAACUGUUGUGAAGAUGGAAGAUGUACGGGAAUAUGUGAAACUCUACCAAGAUGCACUGCGGUAUGCACGUUCUGUUGGAUUUGCAGAGAGAGAAGAGGAACAGGGUUGGAUUACCGCGACAGAACUCUUUCAUCAUUUGCAGAAGAUUUAUGGUCUCCCCAUAAAGGAGAAUACUGAUAAUACUAAUAAUAAUACUAAUAAUAAUAGUAACAGUGAUUAUGAUGAUAUGAAUAGGGAUAAAUGCCGGGUACGAUUGCCAACAACAACCGCAGAGUUACUGUCAUUACUCCAACGUCUGGAUCUCUUGGGACGCUUGCAGUUUCGUCUAAACAACAAUAAUGAAAACAACAACAAUGAAAACAACAGCGGGGGAAUAACAAAAGAAAAAAUAACGUCAAGUACAACACGAGAGGACUGUAUACGUGCCACGUGGGCAUAUAAUAACGAGGCGAUCGGGGCAGCGGUGAUGGCCAGUCAACCCCAAUGCUCUUUACAUGAGGCAUUAAAGAAGUUUUCUCCUUCUGUCGCCCUCUACGACUUUGUAGAGGAUGUGAAUGUGUGGAGAAGAGAGAUGAAAAAAUACGGUGGACGUGCAAUUCCACUCUUUAGACCCUUUUUACUUCUUAUUCCUGGUGACUCCUUACAGGAGCUUACCACUAUCAUCAGUGAAGGGAAUAAUAAUAAUGGUAAUAAUGAUAAUAAUAAUAUUAUCGGAGUCUCUGCUCUUGUGGCUAGUAAAAUAACACACAAAUCUGCUUUUAUUCGUAUUUCAGAGAAAUUUUUACAACUUCACAAUAGUCACUGUGUUCAUGUGAUUCAUUCCUCUUUUACUUCAACGGCAACACAGCCAUUAUCCACAUCCGAGGCAAUGGUGUUGUUCUUGUUGUCAGUAAAUGAAGUAGAUGCUGCAGCUAUGGCUUUACAUAAAACGUCUGAUGUUCAUAUUAUUAAAGCUACUCUACUAUACGGUAGUGAUAAUAAUAAUGAUAAUGAUGAUAAUAAUAAUGAUGAUAAUGCCAAUAUCGCCGUGGAUGCCCUAUGCCCUACAUGGGAUAAUGAUGAUAAUCAUGAUCAUACGUGUAAUACAGAGAAUAUCAUCAUUGAUAGAUGCCAGAAUCAUCUCACGCAAAAUAAACUUUACCUAAACGAAUUGCCAUUACCUCUUGUACAGGAAACCAAACAGUUAAUGGCUUUAAAAAACAAUUUAAUGUUUAAUACUGAGGCAGCACGAAAUUGUUUGCGUCUCAUUGCACAUGAGAGUAAGCUUGCACAUGAUAUUGCAGGUAUUGUUACCCUUGGUGAUAUCUGCAUCAGGUGGUUAUUAACAAAUACCAAUCUUUUACAUGAUAAUGAUCAUUCUUCUAUUACAUCUUCUAUUAAUAAUACGGAGUCUACCACACUCUCUCUUAUUUUGCCUAGAAAUGAACCGGGAAAUGAUAAAGGGGUCUGUGGUCGCCAUGAGGGGAUACAGCAUCUCAACAAGGAGUUGGAGGAAGCUGUCUAUGCUCCACUGUGUGUGUUAUCCAGGUACAAUAAGCGUGCAAUAAGGAUCUACUGUGCGAAAGGUGUAGAUCGUGAUUAUAUUACCACAACACCAUUACUGUUUAUUGGCCGUCCACAGCAGCGAAAGGAUCAUUUGCAGGGGGCAAUGAAAGAGAGAGAGACCACGGAAGAAGAAUGUUCUCAUUCAGUGUUGGUACUUCCUUUAACUGCAAGUAACAGGAAUUAUGAACAUGAUGGGAAAGAGAUGAAUGAAUCAGAUCAAACUGGGAAAAUAGACAAUACUAAGAGAAUGAUAAACUAUAUUGCUAUUGAAAUGGAUAAGAAAGAGACCCAACAGUGGUUGUUUGAUUCUAGUAAUGUUGAUAAUAGUGAUAAUAAUAAUGAUUGCAAUAACAAUGAUACUGAUACUAAUGUUGAUAAUGAUGCUGAUAAGGAUGAUAAUAAUGAUAAUGUUAAUGGGGCACUGUCUUCAGUGAAGGUACUCGUGGAUGAAUGGGUACUUGUUGCCGCCCCACCCAUUAAUAAAUUCAUUGAAAGUCAAUUCAUUAUACCAAUGGAACAACAGCUUCGCAGCCAACACACGUGUAAAACUCCAUUUACGCAGCUCUCGGAAGAAACACAAACGGCAUUACUCCAGAGUCUCCGAGAACAACUACUCAUAGCUGUUACACCUGGAAAGAAUGAAGCAUUAGAGUAUCUUGGUGAUGCGAUGCUGGAUUUUCUCGUCGUGCAGAAAGAGUUAAAUACAUGGAAAGGUGGGUCGCUCGCUGGUGGUGCUGCAAACAGAAAUCUUGCCACUUGUUUACCAGAUACGGUAUCUCAACAUUUAUUGCUUCUCUAUGGUAUCAGUAAUAAGAAACGCAGGGCAGAUGUAGUGGAAGCCCUUAUUGGGGCCGUUGUGCAGGCACUUUGGAUAAUACCUCGUCAAGCUGAGAUGAUGAUGAUGAUGGGUGAUGGUAAUGUUGAUAAUCUUAUUACUAUUGAUACUACUACUACUGAUAAUAAUAAGAGGAAUACAUUGGAGUUACAUUCUGAACUUCUUCCAUUUAGUUGUGUUAUCCAGGCUGUGCAGGUCAUGAUGGCAGUAAUGAAGAUUGAUUAA